UACUUUAUUUCGAAGCAAUUGCAUCAUGCGUUUGCAAAUCUUGAUAUAUGUUAAAGAUAUCAUGUAAAUUUCCAUACAAUCGAGAAUGCAUUUGGAGUGUUCAGAGAAUUGUACGAGACAGCGUUACACUGGAGUUAUAUGAAUGAUUUCAUAACAUAAAAGAAAUGAUGUGAUAUAAAAGGAUAUAUUGAUGAUUAUCAGAUAAAGCUCCGUAGCAAGGAUUGAAUUCUUCGAAAUACAAGUUUUAUUUUGUUCCUUGUUAGUGCAGAUGUAGAGCAAGUUUAAGAAAUUAAAAGGUUGAGUGAAUAAUCAGCAAAAUGGCAGCUAGAGUGGAGAUGGAAAAUGGGGAGAACCUAUUCUCCCCAGAGGAAGAGGAUGUUUUGAUGUCUUCGGUUGUUGGCAAGGCACACUUAGUAAGCCCAAACAAUGAAGAGUACGACAUCAUUGUUGACAUCAUCAAAGAAAGACUCGAUGAAGGCCAAGGGGAAACAAUUUAUGAAAUUGGAACAGGAGAGGGUGAUGCUCCAGGUCUCUCACAGGAAGAUAUGCAAGCUUCCAUAGCUACAUUGAGGAGCAUAGCGGAAUCUCUGAGUCUGGAAAUGGUGCAGCUACGUGAAAGGAAAGAGGGGGAUGGAAUGGUGACCGAGCACUUACUGAGAAAGACUCUAGAAAAUGAUGAUUUUAUGGAAGUUAGAGUGGCAGUAGUUGGCAAUGUAGAUGCAGGAAAAAGUACUUUGCUGGGAGUGUUGACUCAUGGUGACCUUGACAAUGGGCGUGGCAUGGCUAGACAGAGGUUAUUUCGACACAAGCAUGAGAUGGAGUCUGGUCGCACCAGCAGUGUAGGCAAUGAUAUACUGGGCUUUGAUGCAGCAGGAAAUGUUGUGAACAAGCCUGAUCACGGAAACCUGGAUUGGAUAAAAAUUUGUGAGAAGUCCUCAAAGGUGAUUACCUUUAUUGACUUGGCUGGUCAUGAAAAGUAUUUAAAAACCACAGUAUUUGGAAUGACGGGACAUGCUCCAGAUUUUGCCAUGUUAAUGGUAGGGGCUAAUGCUGGUGUUAUAGGAAUGACCAAGGAGCACCUGGGUCUGGCUCUGGCCCUCAAUGUCCCAGUGUUUGUUGUUGUGACAAAGAUUGACAUGUGCCCCCCUAAUGUACUACAAGAAACUCUGAAAAUGUUACAGAGAAUUCUUAAAUCUCCAGGAUGCAGGAAGAUCCCAGUCAUUGUACAAAACACGGAUGAUGUUGUGUGUUCAGCUACCAAUUUCACAUCCGAAAGAAUGUGUCCUGUGUUUCAAGUUUCUAAUGUAUCCGGAGAAAACCUUGAUUUACUAAAAAUGUUCCUGAAUCUCUUAUCAACGCGGUUAAAAUCGGAAACCACCGCACCAGCUGAAUUCCAGAUAGAUGACACGUUUUCUGUUCCGGGUGUAGGAACAGUAGUAUCAGGAACUCUACUUCAGGGCAUGAUUAAACUGAAUGACAACUUACUACUCGGGCCUGAUGCUCUCGGGCAUUUUCAGCCCAUUACAGUUAAGAGUAUUCAUCGGAAACGAAUGCCAGUAAGGGAGGUCAAAGGGGGUCAAACAGCGUCAUUCUCACUCAAAAAGGUGAAAAGGUCCUCAAUACGAAAAGGAAUGGUAAUGGUAUCUCCUAGAUUAGAACCAAAAGCCUGCUGGGAGUUUGAAGGAGAGAUCUUGGUUUUACACCACCCCACAACAAUUAGUGUCCGAUACCAAGCUAUGGUACAUGUAGGAAGUGUCCGGCAAACUGCUACGAUAAUGAACAUGACCAAAGAACACCUACGAACUGGAGACAAGUCUAUCGUGAGAUUCCGCUUUAUUAAAAAUCCAGAAUAUUUAAAGACUGAUAUGCGUAUGGUGUUCCGAGAAGGAAGAACAAAGGCUAUUGGCAACAUUACAAAACUGUAUCCCCACAUUAGUGCGGUGGCGCAGAACACUCGACAACAGAGGGCAGCAAAGAAAGCACAGGAGGCUAACCACCAGGUCAAUCCCCAGAAUGAGCCUCAGAAACCCAGCAAAAAACGCCGCACACGGAACAAUAGCAAGAGUUUAGACAUGCAGGAAUCCAAGGAAAAUGUUCCGUCAUCAAGUUCUGUGCAGGAAGUGACAGUUCAAUCUUGAAUCAAACCAAGUUGGGCAUUUUGUAGUCUUGAACUUCAGUUUCUGUGUGUUUUAAGUUAACAUACAUGCACAUUCAGCGAAUGGCAAAGUUUCCAAUGUCUAUUUUUAGGACAAUGAGUUAAAGUCAUGCAUGCUUUUCACAGCAUUAAGUUAAUUAUUGUGUGGGAAAUGACUGGUGAUUAUAUAAUUAUUUUUGAUACUGAAAAGUUAAUCCAAUUUUUUUAAUUUAGGUUAUUGUUGCAUUGAUAGUAAUUUUCAAAUUACAUGUAUUUAAUUAUUAUACAUGCAUGUCCCGGUUUUAUGAGUUUCGUCAUAUAAGUUCAAGGAUUUUAGCUGUCAAACGUGUAAAUGCCUUCCAUUUGUCAAUGAUAGAGAUACAGUCAGGAAAAGAAUAUUUUUAAAGAAAUUGAAACUUCCAUGACUAAAUGUGGGUAUGUUGAUAGAUUAAUAAAAAAAGAUUUGCAUUUGA